UGUGCUACGGCGCGCACGCUACUACGAACUUUCGCCGGCUCCGUAACAGUGAAUUCGUAACAACCAAACAAACUUCUCCGACUAGCAUGCUAUGCGACUCCGAGCUUGUAAAGCAGUACCACCACUGGCUCAAAGAUGAAAGCAUGGACGGCGCACGAGCAAGACACGACGCUAUCGUGUUGUCGCACGCUGCACGUCAAACACGCCGCCUACGCGAGCGCCCUCUACACAUUGAAUAUAUCAAUACUGGUGGUCCUGUUGUAUAGUUGGAGGAUCGGCGUCAACGCAAAGAGGUUUAAGGAGUUGGAUGAUGUUUACUAUGGUGUACAGAUAGCUUAUUUUGCAAUAAUAGGAACACAGAUGUUCAUGAUUAUUUUAAGUAUAUUCCUGCUCUACGGGAUUUAUAAAGAAAAUAUUGCCUUCCUAGUUCCGUGGGUAGUGGGCUGUAUGACGUUCAUGGCGCUAGAAGCAAUGGCCAUGGUGUACUCCAAUAUACUUAGAGAUCAUGUUAACAAGCAAUUCGACGCUAUGUGCAAAGCGGAAAUUUCAUUUUUAAUACCAAGGAUACUACUGAAUUGUCUAUGCAUAUGGUGCGUCCUCCGACUAUACCACCUGCUGCGCGCAGGAGUGAGCUGGAAAGGCGCGGCGCCCAUCGAGCUGUGACUAAUGCCGGCUGCGCCCGCCGGCCGCGCCUGCGAGUCGACGCUGCUGCUGGGCGGCGCCGAGAGCGACACCGACGCGAGCGUGCACUCGCUAUGACGACUGGUAGCCCCCUCCCGCGACGGCUGUGUCCGUGGAAUCGGUUAGUCUACAGUACCAGAUAUGGUACGUGGGACACUAUUUAAGUUGUGAGCCUAACUAUGAAAACAAAGUAGUUUAUUAUUAAAAUGGUAUUGAUUGCGUUUAUUGGUAUUGUCUUUCAUGAUUUAUGUACUUUUUAAUGUGUCCGAAACACUUUUCAUAGCAUUUUUUCCACUCAGCUUGAGGCACCUCCAAAGCAUGGUUUCUGACCGCACCGACAGUUGCUUCUGGCUACAUAAAUCGCUCUUCACGCAUUUAAUUUUAAUAUAUGGGUACCAAAAGAAGUGUUUAGAUUCCAAGCAAGAAUUUUGUAGCGUUGGACCUGUUAAUUUCAUAUUUUGAGUGUUCAAAUAGACAGUUGUUUGACGAGACGUGUAAAAGCUCACAUUUUCGUCACGAAUGGCGAUUCAACUAUGCUGGUCAGUUUCCCUUAUUAAACUGAAGACUUUUGGAAAAAAGUGGCUGUUUACUAUUAAGAAUUAACCAUUCUAAAUUUCUCUAGUGACGUUUCUGUCAUAUCGGAUAUUUCGGAAAAAUAGGCGACCGUAAGUUUCAAAGUGUUCCGAGCGCAUGGGACUUUGGUUGGAAUUGGUUCAUCUUAAAACACCUCCAUAGUCGAUAGCUGUUUAUUUUCAGGAUCAUUAUGCAUAGAUCCUUAAUUCGUCAACUGUCACAAUUUUAAAAACGGCUUUUAAAGCUUUUUA